UAAUCAAAUCUGCUCUAUGGUUUUACCACUGUGCAAGUUCACGACAACAAAGUGUAUUUUGUUUGUGUAGUGCAUCUAUAAAAUGACCUAAAUUGUGAUUUGUGAAAUAAAAUUGUGACUGUUAACAGAACAAAUCCAUAUUAAAAAUCGUUAAAAGCGAUAUGUUACUCUCCUUAGCAGUGUUCUAAGAUUGUGCCCAUAUCGCGAAGUUUCAUAAUAGUGACAUUAUGUUAAAAUCAGAAAUGGCCCCAAAGCCCACAAGUCAAAAAAGAAGGAACAAUGAGAAACGCAAAGAGAAAUCCCGCGUCGCCGCCCGGUGCCGCCGCACCAAAGAGAUGCAGAUCUUCUCCGAGCUGACUGCGGCGCUGCCUGCCAAGAAGGAGGAGGUGGAACAGUUGGAUAAGGCCUCUGUCAUGCGCCUCGCGAUCUCAUACCUUCGAGUGCGAGACGUCGUGUCCAUGUUGCCCGAGGACAAAGAAGCGCCGAAACUGCAAAGCCCUAAAGGCUUAGAGGAGGUGCAGUCAGAGCUGUCAUACAUGAACGCUCUGGACGGGUUCGUCCUUGUGUUGUCACAGCAAGGCGACAUCGUCUAUUGCAGCGAGAAUAUUUCAGAGCAUCUCGGAGUUUCACAGUUGGAGAUAAUGGGGCAAAGCGUGUUCGAAUUCAGCCAUCCGUGCGAUCACGACGAGAUCCGCGAGUCCUUACGCUCCGGGAACGACGGCAAACGAGACCUGCUGCUGCGUCUCAAGUGCACGCUCACUAGCAAAGGGAGGAACGUGCAUCUCAAGUCUGCUUCCUACAAGGUGAUCCACAUGACUGGCCACAUGUUAACGCCAAGCGAAGAUAAAACCAACGAUCAGGACACCAACUCCGAGUCUGAAGAAGAUAAGAAAGAAGACAAGAAAUGCAGUAACACGGGUGCAUUGGUGGCAGUGGGCCGGCCGAUACCGCAUCCCUCCAACAUCGAGACACCGCUCAACAGCAUGACUUUCCUCACCAAACACAGCUUGGACAUGAAGUUUACUUACACUGACGAAGGGUUGUUAAACAGCCUUGGAUUCGAAUUCGACGACUUGGUUGGUCGUUCGUUGUACGACUACCACCACGCGGCGGACUGCGCUGCUUUGGCGCAACAAUUCAAAUCAUUGUUCUCAAAAGGACAAUGCGAGACGGGGCAGUAUCGCUUCCUCGCGAAGUCUGGCGGCUACGCCUGGGUCCAGAGCCAGGCGACUGUCAUCACCGACAAACAACAGAAGCCGAUCAGCGUGAUAUGCGUCAACUACGUCAUCAGCGGUAUCGAGUACAAAGAUGAGGUGUUUGCUGCACACCAGGUGCAGCACGCAGAUCUGAAGCCGGUAGUGGCAAAGAUAGCGCCAGCACCCGCCAUUCCACAAAUCUGUGUAGCCUCUGACGCACCAAACGGCGCCAUCGUGGGCAUAGUAGUCCCAGAGGAGGAACGCCCCAUACCUGUUACAGAGCAAAUAUUUGUGCCCAGAGAGAAAGAGAUGAACAAAGGAUUUCUCACGUUUUCUGGCAACGACGGACUUACAAUGCUUAAGGAAGAGCCGGAUGAUCUGACACAUUUAGCGCCAACGGCUGGUGACACUUGUAUUCCCCUGGAGAACAGUCCUUUUGAGUUGUUUGACGAUUUUAUGUUAAACGACAACUACUGUAGCUUACUUGGCGAUGAUCUGGCUAAUGGAUCUCCUGUAGACUCUUUGAUUGCCGACUCUUUACUGUCAUCGCCUGACCCACAGGAAACCGAAUCAUCGUGCGAACAGUCUUCACUGUUAACGGAACUUUCGUUGGAUGCGUUCGACAGUAACCGAUCAGAUAAUGACAUCGACGAUGGAAAUUCACCGUUCAUCCCUACCACCGAUCAGCUUCCAUUACUGGAACCGGCGGUUAUGUGGGGGGUGCUUCCGGACAGUGUCAGCCAAGCGAAGCCGCAGCCGUCGGAAGUGCAAACUUCGUCACCAGCACUGCAGCGUCUUCUGGCAGCAACCCCUACGGGUCCACCUCCGCAAGACCUUAUAACAAAUAUUUAUUCAGAUCCAAGUCUCAUGCCGAGCAGAAGUAUAUCUUCAUGGGACACAGGCGUAAAGAGACUGAUGAAGCAGGAAGAGGAGCCCACUGCGAAGCGUGUGAAGCGUAGUCCCUCCCCAGCAGUGCCGGCUGCCAGUACGCAGUCCUCGAGCGUCCUCAUGAACCUCCUGGACAAAGAACAGCAAGCGAAGAAACAGAACCGUCAGCAACUGCGCAACAACAACAACUAUCAAACAUUCGCCAACAUCAACAACAAGAACAUCCCGAUCCCUGUCAUCAACAUCAUACAAUCGACGCCGAACAACAUGAUGCGUGCCAAUACACCAAUACCUAGCGGCAAUAUUAUACGCACAGUAAUAAGCCCUAUGUCUCCACUCAGUUUAAAUAUAGGAAGUCCAAUGUAUUCAAUACCGCCGAGCCCCAAGACACCGUCUUACAGUCCCGCAUUGAGUCCGGCGCAAAAGGAUCGCGUGUUAAGCCCCUAUUCCACUCCCCAAUCCUUGUCACCAGCUGGCAGUUACCAAAUGUACAGCCCGGGUAGACUUCUCUCACCAUCCGGAGUCAUGCAAGGCUAUGAUCCAUACCUCAAUAACAAGAUGCAGUCGAGUCCCAGCUUCCCAAUGCAGGCGACGGAGAUGAUCCUCGACUCAAACAUACCGCUGACUUCCACUGACUUCUGGGGUGAUUCGGAAAUGCUGCAAGACACAAGCGACUUGCUCACAGCAUUUGAUGAUGUUAAAUUAGGCUAAGCAUUUCGAAUGGGUGUACGAUUGAAGAGUGAUUUCUCGUUUCCGUUGGGUGAUUGUGGGAGGAUUUGAAUACUGUAUUAGUAUUUCCGAUGAAAUUCUCGCAUCUUAAUAUGUUAGGAAUUCAUAGAACUCUAUUUUAUUCACAACUUCGCACAAACAUUCCAAUAUGAGUGGCAAGUGGUUAAGCCUAAGGUCUUUCCUUUAUAAACUUUAGACGCAUUAUUUAAUUUCACGGAAUACAUAAUUUUCAUUCAUUUGAGCACAAAUUCUACUAAAUUUAAUACCUUUUACCUAACUCAAAGGAAGAUUGAAUAUAUUAUUAUGUAUUUUAUUGGCAAGGCUUUCCAUAGUGGACUUUCUUAAGGUUCUUCUUCUGUUAACUAGCACGAAGUGCUAACAAAAACAAUUAAAACUCAACCAACAAAAAGUCCUAGCUGACUUCGCCAUGUGCCACUACGUGGAAAAAGAUUUCAAGCGUUUCUGUUCAAAAGGAAUCACUCGAACGAAUGCAGGGUCAAAAAUUAAACAAUCCAAAAGGAUUCCACGCUCUGUCCUCAUAGUUACCUUUGAAAGCCAACGUAUUUUAUGAUCGCAGCGCAAUCGACCUUUAUUAUUUUUUUAAUAACAUAGAUCUGCUUCCACAUAUUGUAUCUUUAUAUAUAAGUAGUCAACUGAACGUAAGACGCGAAUAGUCCUUAUUGCCAGCAUACAAAAAAAAAAAUUGACACAAUGGCAAAUGUCAAAAAAGUUACAAAAUAUGGAGCUAGUUAGUGCUAAUUCGGUUACACACAAAACCUUCUUGUAAUAGAUCUAAAACUAUUGUCUUUAUUUUCCCUGAAGAUAUCAGUAUAUUGUUUUAUAUAUUUGUCAAUUUAGGUUAGGUUUGUGUAUAACCGAGUCAUGCGAUUGUUAACUUUUUUUGAUGAAUUUUAUAGAAUCUAGAUAUCUUAUUAGUGUAAGUAAAACUCACGCCACACCGCGAUUAAGCCUUAUUUUAGUAACUAUCGGACCGUAAGCUAAGCUAAAUCGUAAAGACGAAUAGUUGACGGAAUGAUGCUGAUAGCCGCACCCAAUCUGCGCUGAAAAACUCGCCUGUAGCUUGUCAAGCGGCAGUAAGCUAAGCUUUGUCGCUCUGUCGUCCUUGUCCAUCAAUAUGGACAGAUCUGAGACGUGUCUGUGUUAUGCUACCCAACUCAUUGGCAACCAUGCGUCCUAUCCGAACACACGUACGUAUCGCCAAGCGAUUUAGCGUUCCGGCACGAUGUCUUGUAGUAAUCGAAAGGGGUGUGGAUUUUUAUCCUCUUCCUAACAAGUAAGCCCGCUUCUAUCUUAGAUUGCAUCAUCAAUUAUCCAUCAGUUGAGAUUGUAGUCGAGGGCUAAAACUAAUUUAGCUUAGAUCGCAGUGUGGCUUGCGUUUAAGCAUAUAAAUCGAUUUUUGGUGUGGAAUCCUCGGUGAUAAAUUGAUGUGACUUAGCGUGAAAAAUGUCUUAAGAGUAUACAAGUAUGUUAUAUAUUAUACAUAUUAUUUUGUAUAUUAAUAAUGUAGGUAUGGGUGUAACUUAAGUGUAAGUGACUUUACAAUCACGGUUAAAUAUCUUUUUUGGCCGGAUAGAGAUGUUGAUUAUUUAUAACUAAUCUCGAAAGUGAAUGCAAUUUUGAUAAAAUUAUUAUUAAAAGGGCAUAAGCGUUUAAAUUUUUUGCAGGGGUACGUUUGGGUGAGUUCUAUCACUUAAUUGUGUAAUAGAUGUUUAUUCAAAUAAGUUAACUUAAUAAUAAACAUAAGACGUCAUAAUUUUCGGAAAUAUUUGAACGCUUAGAACUUUAACCGAUUUUAAUUUAGUUAUCACACCCCAUUAUUUCACAGAAAAGGAAAACUAAAUAAGUCACUUCCAUAUUAGUUACAAUUUAUAUAUUUUCACCAACAUUUUUUUAUUAUUGCAGUACUUCCUGAAUUUUGGCUUUAAGAAUUAUAAUUGUAAAACUAAAAUAUACACACAAAUGUUUGAAGAAAAAUAUAAAAUAUUAGUUUUUAUUAUUAUUAUUAAAAAUGUUAUUAUAAUUUAAAUUUAAUAUGUUAAGAAUUUGACUAUUUUAGUAUACGAUAUCAAAUGCAAAUGUUUAUUUUAUUGUAUUAUGAUCAAAAUUUAUUAUACUCAGCUAGAAGUAAGGAACUAAUUAUGCAACUUUUGCUUGGCCAAAUUAAUGAUCUAUAAUAGAGGGUAGAUGUGAGGAAAAUCAUCUCUGUACGAAAAAGUGUCCGUUAAAAUGUGUUAAAUUAAAAAGAUAAAAUGGAUGAGUGUUUAGAAUGUGAUCUGAAAUUGACCAUGUCCUUUAAUUACAGUUCUACCCUUUCUUAAUUAAAUGUCGAUCUCAAAAUACUUACACUUAAUUUACAUUUCCUAAAUUCGUACUUCGUGAUACUAAUUCUGGUUGAAUUUUGAAUUAUAUAAUCUUACAAGCAGAUGCUUUUUUUAGCAAAAUAACCUCACGAGAUGGGUUUCUUUACCUCUAACCUCCAAAGAAUCAUAUUCAGUUGUCUAAUGACAAAAAAAAAAUAUUUGACUAUUCUAAUAAGUAUAGUAUUCUAUUUUCGUUUGAAAGAGCGUUAGCAUAGCAGCUUAGAGUCCGUAUCUACGGUUACCUAUUUGGUAAACGGGUUCUAAUGUCACUCUAAAAAUAUAUCAAUGUGUUCGUCUGUUCUGUGUGCCUAGUGGGAGUUUUCAAUAUUUUCAUACUGUUACUAUCACGUUGACGUUUUCGCAAAUUUUAUAUGGAACUAGCGGAUGCCCGCGUCUUCGUCCGCGUGAAACUCGAUGUAAACUUUCAACUACCCCUACCCUACCCCUACCCUACCCAUACCCUACUCCUACCCUACCCCUACUCUACCCCUACCCUACCCUACCCCUACCCUACCUACCCUACCCCUACCCCGUUUUCUAAUUAUUAUUAAUAUGAACUUUAUACAAUAACAAUAAAGCUCAAAUUGACUACGUUUUAGUUAAAAAACAUUUGUAUGGGAAAAAGAAAAGGGCUAUUUUUAUGGUUUUUCCGGCAAUUAUUCGAAUUUUGCUCGCUGUAAAAACUAUCCUAGAACUUCAACGAACAAUUUAAAAAAAAAAUUGACCAAAUUGGUCCAGGCGUUUAUGAGUUAUGCGCUUACCAACGCAUUUUGCGAUUCAUUUUUAUAUUAUAGAUUGAAACAGUUGUGCAGUAGUGCCACUAGAUGGCGCUGUUUCAAUUCCUUAGAAAUUCGCGUUUACGUUACGUGACGGUAACAGUAUCAAACCACUAGGCCCUCUGAUGUUCUUUUAGUUUACAAACACGCAUGUGCUGACAUUCAAAAUCAAACCGUCUUCCUGAAAUAGAAUAACUAUAACUAUGCGUGAGUUCUCGGUAGUAUAAGGGCCUACGCCAAUUGACGGCACGACACUGCAACGUGUUCUCAUGUAACGAACAUAAAUAAAAUUAUAAAUUUAUAGUAGGAAUGACAAAAAAUUGAAAUUUCACUGAGGAACUUUGAGGAUUUUUUUUUUUGAGUUUACUCUUUAAAAAUCGAUUUUUCAUAUGUAGCCCCCAGUAUGAAAAAAAUGUGGGCAGUUAAAUUCGAUGAACGAAUGUCAGCGUUACUUUUUUUGUGCGCAACUUAGUCUGCGCACCUUCCACCGUAGACAUUAGAAAGACGAUCUGAAAGAGUAAACUCCAUUUGUGCGUCGGAGCUGACACACACUUUAUUUUUUGUAUUAUUCAUCAAUGAAAAAAGGUUUACCGUGCUGUGCCGCCAGUGUACGUCGGGCUUUAUAUGGUAUUAUCAAAAUCGUCUCUUGUGGGGUUAAUAUACAGAGGUACCUUAACUCGAAUAAAUGUACCUUAUAUUUAUUUCAGUUUAUCUCCAUGAAGAAUGAAACUGAUGAGAAACUAAAGGUGUUAUUCUGUAAGGCAAAGAUGUAAAAGAUGCAGUUUUUACCUGACCAAAAAUUUGACAGUGCUUAGAAUCCACAAACUAUUAAUUUUUUUGUUGGCAUGUUUCUUAAAUUAAUAGAAAAAAAUACUGUAACAGCGUAUCGUAUUUUAUUAAAUGUGUGGUUUGGUCCAGUAUAUUUUUUUUACAUUUUUUUCGAAAAAUACAUAAACUCGUACAAUUGAGAAUAGUAAAAUAACUCAUCUGCCCUAAAUAUGAAGGUUUAUAUUAAACUAACAUAAAGAACUUUCAUUUGUACAAACACUAAAUUUGAAUUUUUACCUGGCACCACCUCACAUUUAUCUAUGAAUGUAAGAUGUUAUUUUCAGAGCGAUGACUCUUCUUUCGUCAUAGACACACACAAGCAUAUGUAUAUGUAUGUGUUGAGUUGCCAGCAAAAAAAAGAAAUAUGACGCUAUAAAAUCGUUUAUGUCAUGUACACAAUCAAGUACAAUGUAUGUUUACUCGUCACACAAGAAUGACACGAACGUCAUUAUAUGCAAUUGUUUUUUUUAAUUAUUAUUAAAAUCUCGAUAGUUUAUGUACGUAACUACACGUAUAAAUUAGUUUUUAUUAAUACAUAAUAUUAGUUGGAUUUAAUUAGAUAUAUCUAUUAAUUAACAUUGUAGGUACACUUGUUUUCCUUGAAAAUUCAUUCAAUUUUUUGACAUUUUAAGAAAGUAAAAUAAGUAGGUAAAGUGCAAUUAGUAGAAUGUGGUGACAACGUUCUACGAACAUCACUUAUUGAACAACCUGGCGAGUUUUGUUAAAAAAAAUGAAAUUCAUUCGUGUACCCAAAUAGUGCCAGGAGCUCCAAUAUACAUUUCCCGAACUUGGCUGACAUACUUUUAAGUAUCGGUAUGGAACAAGAGUACUAUAGUUAAAAGUUUUUUUUUUUUAACUAGAAAAAUGCGUUAAAUAAGUUGAUAUAAAGUCCAAGUAUCGCGAAAAUGCAUUAUAAUUAAGUAACAUGUUUUUAAGUAUAAGUAAUAUAAUUAUUAUUUUAGUAUUUGUUUUAAAAUAAAAAUCAUACUGCCACUCUCCUUUCCCUUUACUUUAUAUUACUUAUUUGAAAGUUAAAAAUGUUUGUGUCUUGAAUGAAAGCCGCUGUGCCAUAGAUUACGUCUAUCUUCUCAACAAUUUUAAAAAAAUCUUGUAAAUUUACUAAUAUUGAGAAUAUAUUAAGUAUUUUUAUUUCUAUUCGGACAAAAAUGUGUGUUGUAAAUACAAUAUAAAUCAAAUUCUUUUAUAUAUUUUGAGAUUAAAUUUCUGUCUAUACCUAA